AGCAAAACUUAAAAAUUAAUAACAAUGAUAAUAUUGAAGAAAUUGAAAUUAUCUCAAAUUUGAUACCAAAAAAUUUUAUAGAUAUAGUAUUGAGAAAUAAAUGGCCAAAAACAAAAACAAACAUUGAAGGAUG